CCGCCCUGAGGGCGGCGGCGGUAGUGGUAAUUGCAGCUGCUCAGGGGCAGGGCUUGCCCCGGCGCAGAGUAGUGGCAACGGCGUGUGGCGUCAGGGGUGCCUGGGAUCCCGGAGUCCCAAGGGCCUGAGAUCUGCUGCUCCCUAGACAGACACACGCCUUCCCGGGGAGAGGUGCACCCGAAUCCGCGCGGGGCCGCGGGACCACCCCGAGGGGCUUCCUCAGUGGAGGCGAGGUGGGGUGACAGGGCGCAGGUGACAGGGCCGGAGAAAGAUGGAGCAGCCCGGGGCGGCGGCGUCGGGAGCGGGAGGCGGCGGCGAGGAGCCCAGUGGGGGCCGGAGCAACAAGCGGAGCGUGGGGAGCCGGGCCACCAACGAAGAGGAAACGAAAAACAAACCUAAAUUGAACAUUCAAAUAAAAACUUUGGCAGAUGAUGUGCGUGACCGAAUCACAAGUUUUAGAAAAUCUACUGUCAAAAAAGAAAAACAUUUUAUUCAACAUCCUAUUGAUUCUCAAGUUGCAAUGAAUGAAUUUCCAGCACCUCAGCCGUUAUUCGAUGAACGAUCUUUGAAUUUGUCAGAAAAGGAAGUACUGGAUCUCUUUGAAAAAAUGAUGGAGGACAUGAACCUCAAUGAAGAACGAAAAGCUCCUUUACGAAACAAAGAUUUUACCACCAAGCACGAGAUGGUUGUCCAGUAUAUUUUUGCUACAUCCAAAUCUAUAGUUGGAAGUAAAGUUACGGGAGGGCUGAAAAACAGCAAACAUGAAUGCACUCUGUCUUCACAAGAAUAUGUUCAUGAAUUACGAUCUGGGAUUUCAGAUGAGAAACUUCUUAACUGCCUAGAAUCUCUGAGGGUUUCUUUAACCAGCAAUCCUGUCAGCUGGGUUAACAACUUUGGCCAUGAAGGUCUUGGACUCUUACUGGAUGAGCUGGAAAAGCUUCUGGACAAGAAACAGCAAGAAAAUAUUGACAAGAAGAAUCAGCAUAAACUUAUUCAGUGCCUCAAAGCAUUUAUGAAUAAUAAGUUUGGAUUGCAAAGGAUUCUAGGAGAUGAAAGAAGUCUUUUACUAUUGGCAAGAGCAAUUGACCCCAAACAACCUAACAUGAUGACUGAAAUAGUAAAAAUACUUUCUGCUAUUUGCAUAGUUGGAGAAGAUAACAUUCUCGAGAAACUAUUAGGGGCUAUAACUACCGCAGCAGAAAGAUAUAACAGAGAACGAUUUUCACCAAUUGUGGAAGGGUUAGAAAAUCAUGAAGCUUUGCAAUUACAGGUGGCUUGCAUGCAGUUUAUAAAUGCCCUUGUCACUUUUCCUUAUGAGCUUGAUUUUCGAAUACAUUUAAGGAAUGAAUUCCUCCGUUCUGGACUAAAGACAAUAUUACCAGAUCUGAAAGAAAAAGAGAAUGAUGAGCUUGAUAUUCAGUUGAGAGUAUUUGAUGAAAACAAAGAGGACGACCUAACUGAGUUAUCACAUCGUCUCAACGACAUUCGAGCAGAAAUGGAUGAUAUGAAUGAAGUAUACCAUCUUCUGUAUAAUUUGUUGAAGGACACAGCUGCUGAAAAUUACUUACUUUCCAUUCUACAACAUUUUUUGCUUAUCAGAAAUGAUUAUUAUAUCAGGCCACAGUAUUACAAAAUAAUUGAGGAGUGUGUUUCUCAGAUAGUGCUGCACUGCAGUGGUAUGGACCCCGAUUUCAAGUAUAGACAAAGAUUAGACAUUGAUUUAACUCAUCUGAUAGAUUCUUGUGUAAACAAGGCAAAAGUUGAAGAAAGUGAACAAAAAGCUGUGGAAUUUUCAAAGAAGUUUGACGAAGAAUUCACAGCUCGGCAGGAAGCUCAAGCUGAGCUUCAGAAAAGAGAAGAAAAAAUCAAGGAGCUUGAAACAGAAAUCCAGCAACUUCGAACCCAGGGACAUGGAGUCUCAGGUGCAUCAGGAAUCCCAGGCCCUCCUCCACCACCUCAAUUGCCAGGUGGUGGGCCUCCCCCACCUCCACCUCCACCUCCACCCCUUGGAGUCCCCCCUCCUCCUCCUCCUUUACCAGGAGGCAUACCACCACCACCACCUUUGUUUGGGGGACCUCCUCCACCACCUCCCCUUGGAGGAAUUCCUCCUCCUCCAGGAGCACCAAUUGAUCUGCCUUAUGGAAUGAAGCAGAAAAAAAUAUAUAAACCAGAGGUGUCCAUGAAGAGAAUUAAUUGGUCAAAGAUUGAACCCAAAGAAUUAUCUGAGAACUGUUUCUGGUUGAAGGUUAAGGAGGACAAGUUUGAAAAUCCAGAUCUCUUUGCAAAAUUGGCACUGAAUUUUGCUACCCAGAUGAAAGUUCAAAAGAAUGCAGAAGCUUUAGAGGAAAAGCCCCAACCUACCAAGAAGAGAGUGAAAGAGCUGAGAGUUUUGGAUCCCAAAACGGCCCAGAAUCUGUCUAUCUUCCUAGGAUCAUAUCGUAUGCCAUAUGAAGAUAUAAAAAACAUUAUCUUGGAGGUCAAUGAAGACUUGUUGACUGAAGCCUUAAUUCAGAACCUCGUUAAAUAUCUUCCAGAGCAGAAGGUUCUCAAUGAAUUAGCGCAGCUGAAGAAUGAGUAUGAUGACCUUUGUGAACCUGAACAAUUUGGAGCUGUGAUUAGCUCAGUGAAAAUGUUGCGGCCUCGUCUCAAUAGCAUUCUUUUCAAGCUCACAUUUGAAGAACAUGUAAACAACAUCAAACCAAGCAUCAUAGCAGUGACUCUUGCUUGUGAAGAAUUGAAGAAAAGUGAAAGCUUUAACAGACUUUUAGAAUUAGUUCUUUUGGUUGGAAACUACAUGAACUCAGGCUCAAGAAAUGCCCAGUCCUUGGGUUUUAAGAUCAACUUCCUUUGUAAGAUCAGAGAUACUAAAUCAUCAGAUCAAAAAACAACCCUCUUACAUUUUAUUGCGGAAAUUUGUGAAGAAAAAUACCGGGAUAUUCUGAAAUUUCCUGAAGAACUGGAACAUAUAGAAAGUGCAAGUAAAGUUUCAGCUCAAAUUCUCAAGAGCAACCUUGCAGCAAUGGAACAACAGAUUGUUAAUCUGGAACGUGAUAUCAAGAAAUUCCCACAAACAGAAGAUAAACAUGAUAAAUUCGUGGAAAAGAUGGCUAGCUUUACAAAGAUCGCCAGAGAGCAGUAUGACAAACUGUCCACUAUGCACAGCAAUAUGGUCAAGCUCUAUGAGAAUCUUGGAGAAUACUUUAUUUUUGACUCUAAGACAGUGAGCAUAGAAGAAUUUUUUGGUGAUCUCAACAACUUCCGAACUUUGUUUCUGGAAGCAGUAAAAGAAAACAACAAAAGAAAAGAAAUGGAAGAGAAGACUAGGAGGGCAAAACUUGCAAAAGAGAAAGCUGAACAAGAAAAGUUGGAACGCCAGAAGAAGAAGAAACAGCUCAUUGAUAUAAACAAAGAGGGUGAUGAGACUGGUGUGAUGGAUAAUCUUCUAGAAGCCCUACAAUCAGGUGCAGCAUUCAGAGACCGCAGGAAGCGGAUUCCCAGGAAUCCAGAUAACCGACGGGUACCUCUGGAAAGGUCACGCUCUCGCCACAAUGGAGGUAUCUCCACUAAGUGAGUCCUGAUGCCAAAGAAUAGAAAAAUAUUUCAGUGGAUAAAAUCGUACAUUUUGAGAAGAGCAAAACAUGCACUCAAGGGAUGGAGAGGAAUCAGUGCAUUUCUGCAAAAAUCAAGCCAAGCCUGAUGAAACAGCCUGCAUUUGUACAGCUAAUGCAAGACUCCUCCCACAAUUAUGCUAAUAUGAACACAAUUAUUGGGAUUCUAAAAUGUGUGUUCCAUUUUAGUGUAAAGAUGUGUAUUCUUUGUUUUUGUAUGUGACCUGACAGUGAUGGUGAAAAGUGUAAGAAAUUGAAGAGCUCUAAGGCUUUCAAGUCAUUCAAUCUGUCAAAAAUGUACAAUGUUACUCAAAUUUGCAGGUCACCCCCUCUCCCAAAAAAAAGGAAGAAAGAGAAAAAAAAAGGGUAGAAAGAAAGAAUGACUCAAUAUCUGCUUCUGAUUCUUGUUACAUAGAAAAGAAAAAGGCCAAUGAAAAAGUAUGUGUUAGUAAUGUGGAGAGAGAGUAAGAGAUACCAUUUUGGAAUCUCAGAAAAAAUACUGCUUCACCCCUGUCUAAUUAGUUAGAAUUUUAUCUCAAGUGAAAACUGAUGGAUUCAUCUGCUUUGGCUGAAAUUAAACUGAUCAUUAAUUUAAAGUUUCAGCAUGAUAGUGCGGGCACUUUUCAUUGCUAAAAAUAAGCCAAACUUCAACAGAAGCAAAGUGAUUUAAAUUUUAUUUAAAGAGGUGUUUUCUAAUCAUGCACAUAUCUACUUUAUACAAAUACUUUAUAUGGCUAUUUUUGAGAAAAACUUCAAAUUUUAAUGUUUAUGUGAGGGAUGAACCCAAAAAUUCUAUUACCUUUAUUUAGAUUUUUAAAGGUAAAUAUUGAUUCCUAAUCUCCCUGGUUUAUUUCUUCUCUCUACUCUUCUUUCUCCCAAGACCCCCUUGAAAGCAAGGAAUAGAAUUCUCAGAGACCUGAGAGGAAAAAGAUCUCUGCAAGAGGCAGCAGAAAACUGAAAGGUCAAUUGUUUUAUCUGCCUUUCUACUCCCCUUUCUAAUUCUGCCUCGGUGGUCUGAGGAAGAAAAACCAAUUAUAUGUAUGUAUGUGUAUAUAUGUGGAUAUAUUUAUAUCUCCUACAGUAAUUCCACAUCCCAGUGACUAAGUGAACUUCAAAGUCAUCAUACUUACUAUAUUAACAAAUUUAAAUGCUGCCAUCAUAAAUAGCUCUAGGAGGAAAAUAGGCUCUAUGUUUUUCUUAAAUCGAUGAGAGAGUAACGAUUAUACUUAAAUUGUCUAUUAUUUUAAAGUAUGCAUUGAAGUAAUGUAGUAUAACUUCUCUGGAGUGCAAUUUUAAGACGAAUCCAUGCAGAUGAUUAUUGUAAAAGAUUUCUCAUGUGUAUAUAUCUUACAUAGAGAAUCCUACUUCUCCUCCACAGCACACUGUAGACAUUCAGAAAGAACAAAGGACUGACUUGGCAAGUCACCACAUGGGUAAAGAAAUCUAGAGACCAGUUUCCUUUCUAUAGAUGUGUAAUGACUCAAAGCGCUGCCUUUCCUUCCAGUGCAUUCUUCUUACUCGGGUGUUAUACUUUAAAAAGCUCUGAAGCUGCUAUAAUAGAGAAAUCAACAAGCAUUACAGUAUCUGAGAUGUUACAGUUUUAUCUCAUAUUAAGACACUCACAUAGGCACACACAAAUUUAAAGAAUAUACUAAUUUCACAUAAUUUUAAAAACAGAAACAAAGAUAUUGGUUCUACUAAUUUAUGUAAAUACUUAACGGAUGUAUUUUUUACUUCAACAAGUCAUUUCUAAAAUCUUCAUGGUAUGGUUUCUUUGAAUCGUUUUUUAAUAGCUUUUUAGGCCUAGGGAAAUAUUUUGAAAAAUUAACCCUGACUAAAAUGAAGGGGCAUUUGCCAUGCCAUAUUACCAAGCUGGUCAAGGUAGAAAUACUGAUGUAUAUCACCUUUUCCAGAUGUGAACUUGCCUUAUUUUAUAGUUUGUGAAAGAGAAAAUGAAGAACUAUUAUUGAUAAAGUAUAUAUUUGUAUUUAGAGUAAUCCCACAUGCUUUUCACAAAUAUUAUGAAGCCUUUUCAGGGUCUUUCAUGAAGUUCCAAUAAUUGAGUUCAGGAAAUUGCUUCCCGGAUUUAUAAUGAUCCUGCUCUAGCUAUUUGCAGUCUGGGUCUAGAUAGAAAUGUAUCACCAAAAAAAAAUACUUCAUGACAUUUUUAGUAUGGAAUCAGAUUAUACUGGAGCCUUUUGUUGGGUUUAUUACUACCACAUGUGAGAAGCACCAGUUUAUGAAGAUUUUCUUCAGAAUGUUUUUAAAAAUUACAAAGUCCUUAAAACGUUUACUAGUUGUAUUAGUCUCUUUUGGCUGCUAUUACUCAUUAUCACAAACUCAGUUGCUUAUUAAUCCAUCAGAAAUGAAUUCUCUCAAGAUUCUGCUGACUAUAUGUCUAAAACCAAGGGCCAUGCCUCCUCCAGAGACUCUAAAGGAAAAUCUUUCUUUGCCUCGCCCUGCUUCUGGUGGCUGUCGGCAUUCCUUGAGUUUCGGCCACAUCUCUGCUCCAUUUUCCUGUCACCUUCUCCUCUGUAUACCUAAUCUCCCUCUGCCUCUCUUAAGGACACAUUUAGGUUGGCAUUUAGAACCCACUGGGAUAACCCAGGAUAAUUUCAUCUGAAGACCCUAAACUUAAUUACACUUGUAGGACCUUUUUUCCAAAUAAGGUAGCUUAUUCACAGAUUCUGGGGAUUUUUUUCCAAAUAAGGUAGCAAACUCACAGAUUCUGGGGAUUAGGUAAUGAAUAUAUCCUUUUUGGAGACAACCCUUAGCCCAUGAUAGUCUGCCUUGUGCCCUCCUCCCCAAAUUUAGUCUGUCCCAUGUGCAUGAAAUCUUCAUUGCAUCUCAACCUUUUCAACACAUUGCAGCAUCAAGUCUAAGUCUAAAAUUUCAUUCAAACAUCAUCAGUUCAGCAGUCCUAAAUCUCAUCAUUUAGAUUAUCUAAAUUAGGUAUAGGCAAAAUUCCUCUCCAUCUAUGGAUCAAUACAAUAAGAAAAAUUAUCUGCUUCCAAAAUACAAUGGUGGAUCAGGUAUCUGAUAAUAGUUAUGGGCAUUCCUAUUCCAAAAGAGAGAAUAUGGAAAAUAGGAAGGAGAUAAGGAGUCAUCUGUCCCAAUGAUUUUCUAAAUUUAACCAGAAAAAUGCCCUUAGGUUUGAAGGCCUGACAAUAAUCCUCCUUAUCUCUGUUAAGCCUGCAUCUCUGCCCUCUCUGCCCAUGGCUUUCACUUCUGCUUCUGCUCCCAUGUUUGGGCCCCUGUACCUGCAGUCCUAAUGGGUGAUCCUUUGCAUUGAAGGAUAGCACAUGUUUGUAGUUUUAUCAGCCUGUUUGUUGCCUGUAAAUUUUUAGUAGUCUGAAAACCUUCUCUUAUCUUGUCCCGUCUCUGUCCCUUUAAGGCCAACAUAGAAGUAUUUCUGCUGGUAUAACAUACUCAAAAACUCAGUGGGCCUCUCAUGUAUAGCACAUUGAUUCAAUACUGAGAUAAGAGAGUCCUCAGAGAUCUUUGCCAGAUAACCCCAUCUCAAUUCCUGACUUCAAUUGAGAUGGUUGAGUGGAUCCACGAGUCAAUACCUAAUCUUUCCAGCACCAGCCAAAGGUUGUUCAGCCACACCCUUAGCUUUAUCUCCAGAGCACACCUCCUAAAAGUGAGUCUCCUAAUUUUAGCAUAUUUUACAACCUGAAUAGGCUCAAAAUGUUCCACACCAUCAAGUGCUGGUUCCUUUCUGUUUGAUAGAUCUUUCCUCAAUUUCUUUCCUCUUAUAUUUUAAUAUAAGCUUAAAAAGAAACUAGGCCACACCUCCAUUGCUUUGAAAAUUUCAGUUAAAUAUCCCAGUUUGUCACUUACAAAUUCUAUUUUUCAUGCAACUGUUGCAGACAAUUCAGAUAAGACUCAUGCUGCUAUAUAAUAGGUGUCACAUUUCUUCUAGUUUCUAAUAAAAUGUUCCUUAGUUCCUUCUGAGCCAUUACUGGAAGCACCUUUAAUUUAUAUUUUUACCAAUAGUCUAAGUUAAUCUAUGCUUUUUCUAUCAGAUGCAUCAAAUUUUUUCUAGCUUCUGCCCAUUAUCCAAUUCCAAAGCCACUUCCACAUUUUUAGUUAUUUGAUAUAUAGCAGACCCUUACUUCCUGGUACCAAAAUAUGUAUUAAGUUCCUGUGGCUGCUGUAACAGAUUACUGCAAAUGUGGCAGUUUAAAUCAACAGCUAUUUAUUUAUUAUCUUACUGUUUAGGAGGCCAAAAGUCCUAAAUUGAGGUGUCAACAGGGCUGUACUCCCUCCGAAAGCUCUAGGGAAAUAUCUCUUCUUUCCCUCUUCCAGUUUCUUUUGACUCAUCAUUCUCUGGCUUGUGGCCAAAUCACUCUCAGCUCUGUCUUCACAUCACCUUUCCCUGUGGAUCGAAUCUACUUCUGCCUCUUUUAUAAGGACACUUGUAUUGGCAUUUAGAACCCACCCAGUUCAUCCAUGAUAACCUCCUCAUCUCAAAAUCCUUAACUUCAUUACAUUUAUGAAGACCCUUUUUCUCAAUCAGGUAACAUCACUGGUUCUGGGAAUUAGGACAUGGACAUAUCUUUGGGGACUCACCAUUCAGCUCACUACACUAGCCAUUGCACAGAAAAGUACUUUUCACUUUUAAAAAAUGCAUCUGUGGUACUCAAGCCAAAUUCACAGUUUUCUCUAAAAGAUGUUGUCUGCACAGGCUACUGCAUGCUUUGAUGUUGAAUGGCUGAAUGAGCUAUUCUAAAAUGUGGUUGAUACUUUUGCUACUAUGGUCAAUGUGCUUUAAAAAAUAAUUGAUUCCAACUCUGAGCUCUAGUGUAUCUCUUCCACCUCCUUUUUAGAGUCUUUGACCAAAUGUCUUCUAUGACUCAUAACACAGGCAUAAAACUACCUCCGAUACAGAAGGGUUCUUUACAAAUUUGUUUUAGAUACCCCUCAGCUGAGUGGAGAGGUGGCAGCCUACUUUGAAUGGUAUUGAGGGAGACUAUGCCGAUACCAAGAUGCCCAAAAGUAUUUCAGUAGCAGCAGAACUGUGGAUUCGUGCUCUCAUUUUUGCCUUGGAAUAAACACCUAUCUCUUUGCAGGACCAAGAAUGAUUUGCAAUCUAUAUGUAUGCAUACCUGCUUAUUCAAUAAAGUUAAGAUACACAUUAAA